AUGACCAAAGUACUCGUCACAGGUGGAUCAGGCUUCCUUGCCGCUCACAUCUUAGAAAUUUUGGUCCAUCGAGGAUACGAGAUAGUUACCACUGUUAGAUCCGAGGACAAGGCCUCCAAGAUCCGCGAUGCGUAUCCUAAUGCUAAACUAUCUAUUGCUAUCGUACCAGAUAUCGCGCAGCCCGAUGCGUUUGAUGAGGUAGUAAAGAUUCCAGGUCUCGAUUUUGUACUGCACACCGCCUCUCCUUUCCAUUUCAAUUGGUCAGAUGCGAAGUCGGAACUCUUAGAUCCAGCAAUCACCGGAACCACAUCUAUUCUCAAGGCCAUCAAGAAGUAUGCCCCUAGCGUUAAACGGGUCGUCGUGACUAGCUCUUUCGUCUCAAUGGUUUCCGUCGAGGGGCUUCAGGAUCCUAACAAAGUCUACAAUGAAUCGGACUGGAAUCCUAUCACCUAUGAAGAUGGCCUGAACGGUAACAAGGUAAGCGCGUACAGAGCCUCCAAGACCGUUGCAGAGCGGUCUGCCUGGAAGUUUGUCGAGGAGGAGAAGCCCGCCUUCGACCUUGUCACCAUCUGCCCUCCACUUGUCUUUGGGCCACGUGUGGAUCGCCUGAGCUCACUCUCAGCCAUAAACACCUCCAAUGAGCGGUUUGUCGAGCUCAUUCAAGGAAAGUGGAAGGACGAAAUCCUUCCUUCUAUUGGUGUCAAUCUAUGGGUCGAUGUUCGCGAUGUGGCAUUCGCGCACAUUGCGGCACUCGAGAAACCAGAGGCGGGUGGAAAGCGAUUCUUCACCGUGACGGGCAAGUUUAGUAACAGAGAGAUCGCGGCGGCAGCGCGAAGAAACUUUCCUGAACUGAAGGAUAAACUUCCCUCGGAGGAGACGAAAGGUGGUGAUUACCCUCCCGUGGUUCCUGGCUAUGAUAAUUCCAGGGCAACCGAGAUUUUGGGCAUCAACUGGAUUGAUCUCGAGAAAAGCACUAUUGACAAUAUCAAGAGUCUCCUGGCUGCCAGUGCUUAA